CAGGGAUUCUCAGAGUAGGGUAUCGUUGAUCAAGGCGUUAGUUGCUUGCUCUCAUUGAAGCUGUGAGGAAGAAACAAUGAAGGAUGUUUGGGAUUGCAAGGGCGUUAUUGACGACGAACAAUUGAGAAGAAAUGGCUGACGUGCCUUCAAACAGCACUUCGAGUUCGCAGUAUUCUCAUCCAGCAGCUAACUUAAGUGUUCCAAACUAUGAAGAAAGAAACUCAAGUGCUUUUGGUUCCACAGAGCUUACACCAUCGGAAUCGGAGAAUAAAAUGAAAAGAUUAACCUCGAACUUGCAUUCUCACGAUAGUUCGCCAGGGUCGAUUGACGAGACGCAUGAUUUCGAAGUGCUUGGACUGAACACAAGUGCUUGGAGUCCAUCAUUGGAUCAAGACGACUUCGCAAGCUGGAUCAGAGUCAAAUCUAUUAAUUCACCGUCAAUUGGGGUCAGUGCAUAUAACUUUGAGUCUUUUCAGACAGAUUCGAGCAGCGAUGCUUCCGAACUUGUGAAGAAAGUGAGAACUCAGCUGAGUGCUAUUGAACAAACGGCAAAUGACCACAAUGCAGCUUUGAAACAACUGACCGAGCGGAAAGAUGAAACAAAAGCAGUAUCUUUUCAGAACGUGAAUAUCAACUCCGGAGAAAAUGAACAUGAAAUAGUGGCAGAACCCGUUGCGGCCCCGAGAAAGAAGGGGACAUGUCAACGGAAGCCAAGUGGUCAAGACGAUGCCACUGACUUCAGCGCCCAAACAUCGGAGGAGUCUUUCAUAGAAUCACCGCAGCUGCGGAAACACAGGGAAGUGUAUUGCGAAGUGUGCAGAAAACAGCAGCUGAAUUCAUACCAAGUACUUGAGCACGUCAAAAAUGAAGUUGAACUACUCAGCACCGACAAGCAAGUUAUAGAACGUACAACCAUGGCUUCUGAAGAAGAAAACAAAAAACUGCUUGUUGAAAUGACUGAGAAAAAUCGAAGAACAGAGCAAGAAAAUCGCAAUCUGAAAGAAAAGAUUGACAACAUGGAACGGCAAUUGAGUUUAAGUAGCGCUGAGGCCUCGAAGAAAGACGAGGAGCCGCGGGAUGUCGGGAAACUUAGCGACGAAAUGCAAGCAGAGAAUGAACGUCUUAGUAAUGAGCUGGCUCAAAUGCAGAAAGAAUUGAGGGACUGGAAGCAAAAUGCGAAGCAAAUAGAACAACAAAUGCAAGAGACGAAGCAAAAUGCAAAAGAUAUAGAGGAAAAGGAAAAGACUCUAAGAUGGGUUAUUGAGGAUAUGCAGCACAGACAUGAGAGCGAAAUCAGGGAUUACGAAUCAAAGUUGGAAGGAGAUUUUGAGAAGUGCAAAGUGAGAGAUCUGAAAAUUUUGGAGUUGACUGCAAGUCUGACGGAAGCAGUACCAAAACUUGACAUGCUUGCGCAGCAGAAUCCGCCGUACGAAGAUCUGCUGAGUUACUUUAAAUGGUCAUAUGAUGCUUUAAAAGAAAAAGGCACACUGAAACCUGAACAAGAAAAAUUGUCAGGCGAAGUUUUCGAAGUGCAACAACACGCGGAAAAGUGUAACAACCCAAUGGUUGAAAAAGAUUUAGUAGUGAAUUUGGAACAACAACUGGAACAGAAAAACAGGGAAUUGAAUGCGUUGCAAAAUUCGAUUGUGGAACUGAAAGAAGAAGUGGAUUUGCAGAAAUUUCAGGUGUCCAUUCGCGAAGAAGAUUUCACAGAGGAACGAGAUAGAGCAAACCGCAUCAAGAGUGAACACGAAAAUGAGAAACAAGACUGGCUGCUGAAAGAAGAAAAAUUGAAGACCGCAAUCCAACAACUGCUGGAAAAAGCGAAAGAGAAGGAAAAAGAUGGAGCAAACCGUAUCAAGAAGGAAACAGACAAUGAAAAACAGGACUGGCUACUGAAAGAAGAAAAUUUGAAAACUACAAUCCAACAACUGGAAAAGGCGACAGAGAACGAAAAGGAGGAAGCAAACCAUAUCAAGAACAAGCAAGAACAGGAGAAACGGGACUGGCUGUUCAAAGAAGAAAAGUUGAAGACCGCAAUCCAGCAACUGGAAAAGGCAACCCAGGAUGAAAAAGAGAGAGUGAAUCGUAUCAAGUACAAACAGGACGAGGAGAAACAGGACUGGUUGAUGAGAGAAGAAAAGUUGAAGAUCGCAAUCCAAAAACUGGAAAAAGCGAUAGAGGAUGAAAAAGAAAGAGCAAACCGUAUCAAGAAUGACCAGGACCAGGAGAAACAAGACUGGCUGCUCAACGAAGAAAAGUUGCAGACCGCAAUUCAAAACUUGAUGGAAAAAGCGAAGGAGAAGGAAAACGAUGGAGCAAAUUGUAUCAAGAAGGAACAAGAACAGGAGAAACAGAUCUGGCUGCUCAAAGAAGAAAAAUUGAAGAAUGCAAUCCAACAACUGGAAAAGGCAUCAGAGGACGAAAAGGAGAAAGCAAACCGUAUCAAGGACAAACAAGAUCAAGAGAAACAUGACUGGCAGCUUAAAGAAGAAAAAUUGAAGAAUGCAAUCCAACAACUGAAAAAGGCAACAGAGGACGAAAAGGAGAAAGCAAACCGUAUCAGGGACAAACAAGAACAAGAGAAUCAUGGCUGGCAGCUCAAAGAAGAAAAAUUGAUGAAUGCAAUCCAACAACUGGAAAAGGCAACAGAGGACGAAAAGGAGAAAGCAAACCGUAUCAAGGACAAACAAGAUCAAGAGAAACAUGACUGGCAGCUUAAAGAAGAAAAAUUGAAGAAUGCAAUCGAACAAGUGGAGAAGGCAGCAGAGGAAGAAAAGGAGAAAGCAAACCACAUCAAGAACGAACAAGAACAACAGAAACAAGUCUGGAUGCUCAAAGAAGAAAAAUUGAAGAAUGCAAUCCAACAACUGGAAAAGGCAACAGAGGACAAAAAGGAGGAAGCAAACCGUAUCAAGGACAAUCAAGAACAAGAGAAUCAUGACUGGCAGCUCAAAGAAGAAAAAUUGAAGAAUGCAAUCCAACAACUGGAGAAGGCAACAGAGGACGAAAAGGAGAAAGCAAACCGUAUCAGGGACAAGCAAGAACAAGAGAAUCAUGACUGGCAGCUCAAAGAAGAAAAAUUGAUGAAUGCAAUCCAACAACUGGAAAAGGCAAGAGAGGACGAAAAGGAGAAAGCAAACCGUAUCAGGGACAAGCAAGAACAAGAGAAUCAUGACUGGCAGCUCAAAGAAGAAAAAUUGAUGAAUGCAAUCCAACAACUGGAAAAGGCAAGAGAGGACGAAAAGGAGAAAGCAAACCGUAUCAGGGACAAACAAGAACAAGAGAAUCAUGACUGGCAGCUCAAAGAAGAAAAAAUGAAGAAUGCAAUCCAACAACUGGAAAAGGCAACAGAGGACAAAAAGGAGGAAGCAAACCGUAUCAAGGACAAUCAAGAACAAGAGAAUCAUGACUGGCAGCUCAAAGAAGAAAAAUUGAAGAAUGCAAUCCAACAACUGGAGAAGGCAACAGAGGACGAAAAGGAGAAAGCAAACCGUAUCAGGGACAAGCAAGAACAAGAGAAUCAUGACUGGCAGCUCAAAGAAGAAAAAUUGAUGAAUGCAAUCCAACAACUGGAAAAGGCAAGAGAGGACGAAAAGGAGAAAGCAAACCGUAUCAGGGACAAGCAAGAACAAGAGAAUCAUGACUGGCAGCUCAAAGAAGAAAAAUUGAUGAAUGCAAUCCAACAACUGGAAAAGGCAAGAGAGGACGAAAAGGAGAAAGCAAACCGUAUCAGGGACAAACAAGAACAAGAGAAUCAUGACUGGCAGCUCAAAGAAGAAAAAAUGAAGAAUGCAAUCCAACAACUGGAAAAGGCAACAGAGGACGAAAAGGAGAAAACAAGCCGUAUCAGGGACAAACAAGAACAAGAGAAACAUGACUGGCAGCUCAAAGAAGAAAAAUUGAAGAAUGCAAUCCAACAACUGGAGAAGGCAACAGAGGACGAAAAGGAGAAAGCAAACCGUAUCAGGGACAAACAAGAACAAGAGAAUCAUGACUGGCAGCUCAAAGAAGAAAAAUUGAUGAAUGCAAUCCAACAACUGGAAAAGACAACAGAGGACGAGGACGAAAAGGAGAAAGCAUACCGUAUCAGGGACAAACAAGAACAAGAGAAUCAUGACUGGCAGCUCAAAGAAGAAAAAUUGAAAAAUGCAAUCCAACAACUGGAAAAGGCAACAGAGGACAAAAAGGAGGAAGCAAACCGUAUCAAGGACAAUCAAGAACAAGAGAAACAUGACUGGCAGCUCAAAGAAGAAAAAUUGGUGAAUGCAAUCCAACAACUAGAAAAGGCAACAGCGGACGAAAAGGAGAAAGCAAACCGUAUCAGGGACAAACAAGAACAAGAGAAUCAUGACUGGCAGCUCAAAGAAGAAAAAUUGAUGAAUGCAAUCCAACAACUGAAAAAGGCAACAGAGGACGAAAAGGAGAAAGCAAACCGUAUCAGGGACAAACAAGAACAAGAGAAUCAUGGCUGGCAGCUCAAAGAAGAAAAAUUGAUGAAUGCAAUCCAACAACUGGAAAAGGCAACAGAGGACGAAAAGGAGAAAGCAAACCAUAUCAGGGACAAACAAGAACAAGCGAAUCAUGACUGGCAGCUCAAAGAAGAAAAAAUGAAGAAUGCAAUCCAACAACUGGAGAAGGCAAAAGAGGACGAAGAGGAGAAAACAAGCCGUAUCAGUGACAAACAAGAACAAGAGAAACAUGACUGGCAGCUCAAAGAAGAAAAAUUGAAGAAUGCAAUCCAACAACUGGAGAAGGCAACAGAGGACGAAAAGGAGAAAGCAAACCGUAUCAGAGACAAACAAGAACAAGAGAAUCAUGACUGGCAGCUCAAAGAAGAAAAAUUGACGAAUGCAAUCCAUCAACUGGAAAAGGCAACAGAGGACGAAAAGGAGAAAGCAAACCGUAUCAGGGCCAAACAAGAACAAGAGAAUCAUGACUGGCAGCUCAAAGAAGAAAAAUUGAAGAAUGCAAUCCCACCACUGGAGAAGGCAACAGAAGACGAAAAGGAGAAAGAUAGGGCGAACGGUAUCGAGAAAAAACAAGUCCAGGAGCAAAAAAACUUGCUGUUGAAAGAAGAAAAAGGGGAGACCGCAAUGCAACAACUAGAAAAGACAGAGGUGGAAGACAGUUGUGCUCUGGAAAGAAGCGCAAGCACUAGACACAGACAGACCAGUGGAUUUGCUGCCGAAGGCGCAGCUAGACAACAAAAUGCAGCACUGAUUGAAAAUAUUUCCGGUGGAGGAAGAUCUUUUUGCGAGAGAGAAAGUUACGGCGGUGAUUUGAACAGAAUUGAUGCAUUUGGAGGCGCAGCAAGUGCAGAGGUUUCAGAAGUUGAUUCUGCGUCCAAUGAGGAUCUGCAAAAAAGAGCGAUGAGCGAUGGGUUCGAACGAGAGAAAAUAAGUCUGCCAAUCAAACAACCCACAAUCAAUGCCCCAAAGCAGGCAUCCAGAAUCAGUGCCAUCACAAAUGCAUUGUUCAAAUCGGACCUGCCGAGCGAAAAGCCUGUGGUGGAUUUCCCAAAUAAAAAAGAAACAAAAAAUGAAAGAUUUGAGAAAGAAAGUGAAGAUAAGAAAAGUACAUAUGAAAGAGGCGAACAAAACACUACGCUUGAGAAAAAGAGUUGUAGUUCGAGUGAAUUGUGCCAGAAUUCAACUGCGGAUACUAGCUGGCAGAUGAAAACGGAGGAUGAAAAAUUGGGAGUUAAGCAGAUUCUGGAGAAAUUCAGAUCCAAUGUUACGCCAGAAAACAGCCACAGUGAAAACAACAAAAUGAGGAGCACUGCGGAACCAAAAGAUAUGAAAGAUGCGACAAAAAUAAAUACAAUUACCUUAACAAAAACUACACCAAUCGGUUGUUUGGAUAAGAAAGAACAAAGCAGAGCCGAGUGUGAGUUUCCGAGUACAAGUACCGAGUUUCCUUCAGGUAAAAACGUAACAGAUUCUCAGAAGGGGUCAGAAGAUGAGUUAAUGGUCCAGGAUUUGGGCGGUCAAAAACGAAAAGUGAAAACUGCGAUACAAUUGAUGGCAGAAAAAUAUGAAAAGCAAAUCUCUUAUAAAAUCAAUUAAAUAUACUCACUCUUAGUCAAUGACUCAAAUUUGAUGAAUAAUUCACUGUAACAUUAUGAUAUCUGCAGUUGCUCUGAAUCACAUGAGCGAAACUUUGAGCUCUUUUGCAUGCAAAAUAUCUGAUGAAAAUUAUGUUGGGUGAUAUAAUUGGUUCAA